CCUUUGCCAGUGAGAACUGUAAAGGCGAUUGAUUCCAACUCACGCUUUGGGAAAUUAGGAGCUGGUGUCCGUGCAUGUGUUUGCAAUACAUGCUAGAGAGCAAUUACAUUCAAAUAUUUACAUCGUUUUCAAUAGUGGUUGCAUAGAGUAAACAUGACCACGUUAUCCUUGCUGGUCAUAGCCAUUUCUGCGGCUUUGAUAGCUGCAGAAUCAUCUGUGUAUUUCCGAGAACAGUUUGAAGAUGACGGCUGGGAGAGCCGAUGGAUUGAAUCCAAACACAAAUCCGACUAUGGGAAGUUCGUACUGUCUGCUGGGAAAUUCUAUGGUGACUCUGAGAAGGAUAAAGGCCUCCAGUCCAGCCAGGACGCCCGCUUCUACUCCCUCUCCGCCCGCUUUGACGACUUCAGCAACAAGGGCGAGCCACUGGUCAUCCAGUUCACCGUGAAGCACGAGCAGAACAUUGACUGUGGCGGGGGCUACAUCAAGCUCUUCCCCUCCAGCCUGAAGCAGGAGGAGAUGCAUGGCGAUUCUGAGUACAACAUCAUGUUCGGACCUGACAUCUGUGGCCCUGGGACUAAGAAGGUUCAUGUGAUCUUUAACUACAAGGGCAAAAACCACUUGAUCAACAAAGACAUCAGAUGCAAGGAUGAUGAGUACACCCACCUGUACACUCUGGUGGUAAACCCAGACAACACGUACGAGGUGAAGAUCGACAACAAAAAGGUGGAGUCCGGUAGCCUGGAGGAGGACUGGGACUUCCUGCCACCCAAGAAGAUCAAGGACCCCGAGGCCAAGAAGCCCGACGACUGGGACGAGAAAGAGAAGAUCGACGACCCCGAGGACGCCAAGCCCGAGGACUGGGACAAGGCUGAGAACAUCCCUGACCCUGACGCCCAGAAGCCUGACGACUGGGAUGACGAGAUGGAUGGAGAAUGGGAGCCCCCCAUGAUCACCAACCCUGAGUACAAGGGUGAAUGGAAGCCCAAACAGAUUGAUAACCCAGCUUACAAGGGCAAAUGGGUCCACCCCGAGAUGGACAACCCUGAGUACAUCGCUGACUCUGAGAUCUACAAGUACGACAGCAUUGGAGUCAUUGGACUGGACCUUUGGCAGGUAAAGUCUGGCACCAUCUUUGACAACUUCCUCAUCACCAAUGACCCCAAGCUGGCAGAGGAGGUCGGGGAUGAGACGUGGGGAGCAACCAAGGGCCCAGAGAAGAAGAUGAAGGAGGGCCAGGAGGAGGAGGAGAGGAAGAAGCGUGAGGAGGAGGAGCAGAAGAGGAAGGAGGAAACCAAGGAUGAGGAGGAGGAGGAGGAGAAGGAGGAGGAAGAGGAGGAAGAAGAGGAAGAUGAUGAGGAAGAAGAGGAGGAGGACAAGGAGGAAGACACAGACUCUCAACUGAAGGAUGAGUUAUAAAGUGGGCCCAGGGACUGGUGAUGAAACGGGCCACCGAGGGGAAAUGGGGGGGGUGAGGGUUGGGGUGGGGGGCAUCUUUGGUGGGGCUGGGUACAGCAGAGAACCACACUGUGCUGGACAUUCCUUUUACUAACGACGGCCAUUUUUGGGAGGACAUGGGCUUGGGUUGACUCAUUGGAUUUGGUUCUAGGGAUUGUUUUAUUUUGUAAUUUCUUUGUUUUGUUUUGUUUCUGUUAUUUUUUAUUUUUUUGUGUGUGUGUGGUUGGUUUCAGCAAAUUCUAUUUAAAUAUAUGUAACUUUAAAUUUGUCAAUCAUGGAAUUUAACUCAGUGAUCAUCUGAAUAAAAAGAGGUGGGAUGGUGGUUUGAGGCAGAGACAAGAGGAGUAGUGAAUGAAGAGGCAAAGUGAAAUAACAUUUCACCUAAUUAAGAAUAUUCUAUCUCAUUCAGGUGUGUGUUAGAACGAUUUCUGUGUAUUUACUGAAGGUCCCACAGACACAUUUGCUGUAUGUCAAAUGGACAUUGUUCAUUUUUUGCUCUAGCAUCUAAGACACUUCUUAUACCUCAUUGUUCAUCUCACAUCAUGUGUGUUAAUCUGUUGAUCCUGUCUAAAAACAGCAGGGCCCUAGCUUGCUAUGUUAGCUAGCCUGUGGCUAUAGUGCCAUAUACCUGCUUGCAUAUAUGGGUCAUCAAUCUUUUUAUAACAUAAUUAAGGUUUUUUACUCAAACUGCAAAAAAAGGAUCAUGCCGGUGCCUGGUGUUGGCGGUUUAACUAGGUAACCAGUAAGUACACUUGGGUAAAUUCAUGUGUCGCUUUCUCAAAGUUUAAAUGAAGUUCUAAGUCUCAACUUACCCUCUCUCAGAGAAUGUCAGCUCUUGCCCCUCCACAUGCACCAUCCGCGGAGCGAUGCAAGCUCACCGUUUAGGACAGUUAACUUCCGGUGUCUUCUCCACAACCUGUUAAUUUCUCCCCAUACACCAUCCUUUCCUCUACUUUUUCUCUCUGAGCCAUCACAGCUUUCUGUUAAACCUUUCUAUCUCUUCAUUCACUGGGGAGAUGUGGGUCCUGUUGCUCCUGUCGUAUCAUCUCCUUGCCUCCUGAUUUUGACCUGAAUAUGCACUGCUGCACUCAUCCACAGUCCACCCAGCGACACAGGAAUUUUUGGUUUGUUUUUGUUUGUGUGCUAGUUUAUUUUGGAGAUCUAUUUUGUGUCUGCAUAGGGGAGUAAGCUCAUUGCAUUAACUGUACGAGGUGGAGAGGGAUUCAGUGCGUUGAGUGCGUGCUGUAAGUAACUGUCCAAUAAUAAAAUGUUAAAAAAGA